GGGGUUUUUCUGCACAAAUAAGGUAGCUGGAGUUUGCUUCAAGGCAUCAGUUGACUUCCGUGAUUAUGGAGAUGCUGGUGUAAGGCCUUCAGGAGACGAUGGAGAAAAAAUGGACCUACUGUGCUGUCUGUUCCAUCAUCCAGAUACAUUUCAUCAGGGGAGUAUGGGAAAAAACAUCCAAUACAGAAGACAUCUAUGCUUUCCCUGGCUCUGAUGUCAACCUCACCUGUCAAACAUGGAAGAAAGGCUUCUUGGUGCAGAUGCAGUGGUCCAAGGUCACUGAUAAGUUGGAUCUGAUUGCCCUUUAUCAUCCACAGUAUGGCUUGCACUGUGCUAAUGGCGGUCCCUGUGAGUCACUGGUGACUUUCACAGAAACUUCCAGAAAUGUGUCCACGUGGACUCUGCACUUAAAGAACGUGUCCUCCUCACUCACUGGGAAGUAUGAGUGUGGCUUUACUCUGUAUCCGGAGGGUGUUCAGACUAAGAUCUACAACCUACUCAUUCAGACAAAUGUUACACAGGAUGAAUGGAGAAGCAGCAAUAUAAUAGAAGUACAGAUAAAUCAGACUCUGGAAAUACCAUGCUUUCAAAAUAUCUCCUCAGAAAUUUCGUCUGAGUUCACCUUUGCAUGGUUGGUGGAAGACUCCUAGGUCCUUCUUUAUGUAGGGAUAAAAGAGGAUAAUGGAACUCGGGAAACACUUAUCACCCAAGGUCAAUCCAUCAGCAAUUCCACAUUAUUUAAAGACAGAGUCCAGCUAGGUACAGACUAUAAACUCUACCUCUCUCCAGUCCAAAUCCACGAUGAUGACCGGAAGUUCUCCUGCCACGUUAUGGUCAGACCUGGCAAAAUCUUGAGGAGUUCCACCACAGUCAAGGUUUUUGCUAAGCCAGAAAUCCCCAUGAUUGUGGAAAAUAACUCUACGGAUGUCUUAAGAGAGAGAACAUUUACCUGCUCCCAGAGGAAUGUAUUUCCCACAGCAAAUCUCACGUGGUUUAUAGAAGGAGGCUUUCCUCAAAGUGAAAAAGAAGGAAUAUACAUUACUAAUGAAGAGAGAAAAGUCAAAGGUGGAUUUUUGGAGCUGAAGUCUGUUUUGACAAGGGUGUAUGGUAAUAAACCAGCCCAGUCAAAUAACCUGACCAUCUGGUGUAUGGCCCUAUCUCCAGUCCCUGGAAAUAAAGUGUGGAACAUCUCAUCUGAAAAGAUCACUUUUUCCUUGGGCUCAGUGAACCCUUCAGCAAGUCCUCCGCUUGAUGUUGUCACAUCGACCCUUCGCACCCGACCUUCUCCAGUCAACAGCGUAUCUCCUACAACCAGCAAUUCCAGUGUGACUACCCAAGGCUUCAACUAUUCCUGGACCCCCAGCGGGCAAGAUACCAAAAACUCAGCUUCAUGGAUGCCCAGGGAACCAUAUAGUUCAUCCCCCUCAGGUGCAAGCUCAACAAUUCAUGGUGAUGUCUUCACCAGCACAACCAGAACAUUUUCAGAGGUUCCCACACAUGCCAAUGGAUCGACAAAAAAUAUUCACAUUCAUAUCACUGGUAUUGUGGCCAAUAAACCUAAAGAUGGAAUGUCCUGGCCGGUGAUUGUAGCAGCUUUGCUCUCUUUCUGCAUAGCAUUGUUUGGUGUUGGAGUGAGAAUAUGGUGUCAAUAUCAGAAGGAAAUCAUGGAAAGACCCCCGCCUUUCAAGCCACCUCCACCUCCCAUCAAGUACACUUGCAUUCAAGAGUCCAUUGGAAGUGAUCUGCCUUGUCAUGAGAUGGAGACACUCUAG